AUGAAGAGCGUGUCGAUUAGAAAGGUGGGGGGCGCCCUGGGGGCGCUUGUAGAGGGUGUGGAUCUGGUCCAGAUUCUGGAUUCUGCAGAAUCUGUUGCCGAGCUGCGCCAAUGGGUCAUAGAACAUCAGGUUGUGUUCAUUCGUGACCAACACAUGACACCUGCGCAGUUCCAGCAACUGGCAGAACAUUUUGGUGAGGUGAUGGAUCAUCCCGCCUAUGGUGCGGUGGCAGGCGCGCCAGCCGUCCAGGUGUUAGAGAGCACGGCAGAUGCCCCGUCAAAAAUAGAGUUGUGGCAUUCGGAUAUGACGUUCAGUGCAUCGCCACCCAGUUUUACGCUGCUGCAUGGGCAGAUUAUCCCCGCUUAUGGGGGCGAUACACUCUGGGCAAGUUCAUUAGCGGCCUAUGACAGUUUGUCAGCGCCUAUGAAGGAAUUUCUGGAUCCGCUCAUGGCCGGGCAUGAUUUUGCCCACGGAUUUAAAGAAAGUCUGGCGGAACCCGGCGGUGCGCAGCGCCUGGCGGACAUGGUGGCUGCAAAUCCACCGGUACUCCAUCCACUUGUGCGUACCCACCCGGAAAGCCGGCGUAAAGGCAUAUACGUGAAUCCUUUGUUUACCACCCACAUAGAAGGAACGUUCAUGAGCACAUCCCAGUUUGGAUUGUUAAAGCAGCGGCGGUUCGCUGCGCUAUUCUGGACGCAGUUUCUCGGCGCUUUUAACGACAACGUUUUUAAGCAGGCGCUGGUUUUGAUUUUUGUCUUCGGAGGGCUGAUCAACGCCGAUACAACCGAUGUUUUUGUCAACCUGGCGGCCGGUCUGUUCAUUCUGCCCUUCUUUCUGUUUUCAGCCACCGCCGGCCAGAUUGCAGACAAAUUUGAAAAAUCCCAGCUGGUGCGCAUCAUCAAGGUCGCUGAAAUUGUGAUAGCGCUGUUCGGCGGCGUCGCUGUGUAUCUGCAGAAUGUUUACGCCAUGUUGGCGGUGUUAUUUCUGCUGGGCGUGCAGAGUACGUUUUUUGGCCCUCUGAAAUUUUCCAUCCUUCCCCAACAGCUUGAUAAAAGUGAGCUUGUCGGCGGCAAUGCGCAGAUUGAGAUGGGCACCUUUGUGUCCAUUCUGUUAGGCACCAUCGUCGGUGGCGUUGUGGCUGCGCAGAAUGAUGUAGACCUGCUGUUAACCGUCAUGGUUGUGGGUGUGGCUGCUGUCGGUUACCUGUGCAGUCGGUUUAUCCCCGUGUGCCCAGCGACGGACCCCACAUUGAAGAUUCGUUGGAAUCCGGUCAGUGCUACCUGGUCGAUGAUUCAGGCGGCGCGUGGAAAUAAGUCGGUGUUCCUGUCGAUCCUGGGUAUCUCGUGGUUCUGGUUGUUGGGCUCUCUGCUACUGGCUCAAAUUCCCAAUCUCACCAGGGUUUAUCUGAACGGUGGCACGACGGUGGUAACACUGAUACUGGCGGUGUUCACCAUCGCAGUUGCUGUCGGUUCGCUUGCUUGUGAGCGUUUGUCGAGCAAUCGUAUUGAGCUGGGCAUUGUGCCCCUUGGCGCCCUGGGACUGAGCUUGGCGGGUAUUGAUCUGUAUUUUUCGAUAACAGGUUUUGCAGCGCUGCAGCCUUCAGAAUGGCUGGCGUUCAUUGCCGCACCCGGCGCGGUCCGGAUUCUGUUUGACAUGGCAAUGAUAGGCUUCUUUGGUGGUCUGUUUAUUGUGCCCCUGUAUGCGCUCAUUCAGACGCGUACCGAAGAAGCGCGUCGCGCCCGGGUGAUUGCGGUGAAUAAUGUGAUCAACGCUUUUUUUAUGGUCUUCGGUGCCGGGCUUGCCAUCCUGAUGUUGAGUGUCGUGGGUCUAUCUAUUGCGGAACUGCUGCUUACGGUCAUGCUGAUGAACAUCGCAGUGUCCAUAUUCAUUUUUCAUCAGGUGCCUGAAUUUGCCAUGCGGUUCAUCAUCUGGUUGUUGAGUCACACCAUGUAUCGUGUUGUGCCUGAAGGUCUGGAACAGGUACCCGAAGAGGGCGGUGCGCUGCUGGUUUGUAACCAUGUGACCUACGUGGAUGCGCUGCUGCUGGCUGGCGCGGUCAAGCGUCCGAUUCGAUUCAUCAUGUUUAAACCUAUCUACGAUCUCCCGGUGCUGAAUUUUGUCUUCAGAGCCGGUGGCGCGAUACCUAUCCAGGGCGCGAAAGAAAACCCAGCGGCCUUUGAUGCUGCCUUUGAAGAAAUAGCUGAGGCGCUGGCGUCCGGGGAUCUGUUAUGCAUUUUUCCGGAGGGCGCACUGACCCGUGACGGUGAAAUCGCGACUUUUCGUCGUGGGGUGGAACGCAUUGUCAGUGAAACACCCGUACCGGUUGUGCCCAUGGCUUUGCGGGGUUUGUGGGGUAGUUUCUUCUCCCAUUCAGGUGGUGUUUUUAAGAAUCCAAGUCGCUUCUGGAGCCGCAUAUCCGUGCGUGCAGGCCAGCCGGUUCCCGCAGCCGAAGUGACUGCCGAGCGUUUACAGCAGGACGUUGAGCGCCUGCGCGGGCAGUUUGCCUGA